AAGAGUGGGAGAGACAAGUGUUGAACCAGAAUACGUAUCGCCGUUCCUAAUUACCUCACAUUAGGAAAACAUAUAUUGCUUAUCUUCAGUCUAGUCCGUCACUCUUGACUCUUGUUGGGCAGAUACAAGUGGUACAGAGGCAGGUGCACGCCUGCGAUUACCCACUCGGAAUACGCCAUCUGUCUGGCGCUCUGUGGUUCUGUUCCUUCGCGAAUCAGUGAGCAGAGAUCACGAGGUAGAUAGGUGGGUUUUAUGAGGUUAUCACCAAAGCUCCCGAGACCAGAGGAACGCCCGCAAGGUGAAAUGACACAAUAUAUCAUCUGCAUCCUGAGAGGAGGUCUGCGUUGCGUAAAAGAAGCGGAUGAUUGAGGAUAAACUGGGAGGUUUCCCGUGUCUCGGGGUGAUUCCAGUGUCUCAGGAGUCGCGUCUGAACGGUAAUAGACGAGAGAGACCUAGAGAGAAUAGGUUGUUUGCGCUCCCGGGAGGUCCCGCUCUGCAUGAAAAGGAGCGAUGCAAAAGAGAUUCCCAAGAAGGAUUCCCGAUCUGCGGUCCCUUUUCCGGCGUCUUUUCUUCACGCAAAAGGUGUGGAUCUGGGCCUGUUCCAGUGAAAGCAGGAUAUCCUCCUCGUCCGACUCGUGAAAGGAAAACGUUUCUUCUUGUCCGCGAUAAGAAGCGGCUCCACGGCACCACAGAUUCACUCCAGUGAUCAGAGAGAGAGAGAGCACUGACUGACCACAGUGACAACAAUGAUUGACAACACCCCAACCUGACACCAUACAAACUGAUUGGUUGAUGAAGAUACAGCCAACAGGUUGGCUCCACCCCUCCACACCAUCCCCGACCCAUCGUUGAACUCUUCAAAAACAUCUAACAACAAUCAACACUUCUGAACAACGUUACCUUCUGACACACUCUCAACCUUUAACCAGAAAAACAACAGCCUGGUCGCACAGCAGUGACUGAAGCUUCUCCCUGGUCACACUGCAGUGACUGUAGCUUCUCCCUGGUCGCACAGCAGUGACUGUAGCUUCUCCCUGGUCACACAGCAGUGACUGUAGCUUCUCCCUGGUCACACAGCAGUGACUGUAGCUUCUCCCUGGUCGCACAGCAGUGACUGUAGCUUCUCCCUGGUCACACAGCAGUGACUGUAGCUUCUCCCUGGUCGCACAGCAGUGACUGUAGCUUCUCCCUGGUCGCACAGCAGUGACUGUAGCUUCUCCCUGGUCGCACAGCAGUGACUGUAGCUUCUCCCUGGUCACACAGCAGUGACUGUAGCGUCUCCCUGGUCACACAGCAGUGACUGUAGCUUCUCCCUGGUCACACAGCAGUGACUGUAGCUUCUCCCUGGUCACACAGCAGUGACUGUAGCUUCUCCCUGGUCACACAGCAGUGACUGUAGCUUCUCCCUGGUCCCACAAAGACCAGUAAACGAAGAGGAAUAACUGUAGUCUGAAGCUGCUCACACACAGUAACAUGGAGCCCCCGCUUCCCACCUUUUGAAGUUGGGAACCGUCUUUCCAAAGUACUUUCUGUCCAUCUUCUCUCUGUCCGUCUUCUCUCUGUCCAUCUUCUCUCUGUCCAUCUUCUCUCUGUCCAUCUCAUCUUCUCUGUCCGUCUUCUCUGUCCAUCUUCUCUCUGUCCACCUUCUCUCUGUCCAUCUUCUCUCUGUCCAUCUCAUCUUCCUGUCCAUCUUCUCUCUGUCCAUCUUCUCUCUGUCCAUCUCAUCUUCCUGUCCAUCUUCUCUCUGUCCGUCUUCUCUCUGUCCAUCUCAUCUUCCUGUCCAUCUUCUCUCUGUCCGUCUUCUCUCUGUCCGUCUUUUCUCUGUCCAUCUCAUCUUCCUGUCCAUCUUCUCUCUGUCCGUCUUCUCUCUGUCCGUCUUCUCUCUGUCCAUCUUCUCUCUGUCCAUCUCAUCUUCCUGUCCAUCUUCUCUCUGUCCGUCUUCUCUCUGUCCAUCUUCUCUCUGUCCAUCUCAUCUUCCUGUCCAUCUUCUCUCUGUCCGUCUUCUCUCUGUCCGUCUUUUCUCUGUCCAUCUCAUCUUCCUGUCCAUCUUCUCUCUGUCCGUCUUCUCUCUGUCCAUCUUCUCUCUGUCCAUCUUUUCUCUGUCCAUCUUCUCUCUGUCCAUCUUCUCUCUGUCCAUCUUCUCUCUGUCCAUCUUAUCUUCCCUGUCCGUCUUCUCUCUGUCCGUCUUCUCUGUCCAUCUUCUCUGUCCAUCUUCUCUCUGUCCAUCUCCUCUUUGUGUCCGUCUUCUCUCUGUCCGUCUUCUCUGUCCAUCUUCUCAGUCCAUCUUCUCUCAGUCCAUCUCCUCUUUGUGUCCAUCUUCUCUCUGUCCAUCUUCUCUGUGUGUGAGUACAAAGGGACAGUAAAAACCAUCCACUUUGUCACGAUAGGACGGACAAAAGAGAAACCUGCGAUGCGCUGUCCGGAUAUUUUGACACUGCAGGCGGUGUGUGUGUGUGUAAGUGUGUGCGUGAGUGUGUGUGUGGCCAUGCAGCAAUACCCAGCUGCUUGGUCCCACUAUGAUGUGUGUAAGAGUCGGAUCUACACAGAGGAAGGGUUAACGUGGGACUACAUGGCCUGUCAACCAGAAGCUACAGUCAUGACCAAGUACCUGACCGUCAGCCUGGACCCGCCCAAUAUUACCUGUGGAGACCCACCUGAGACAUACUGCACACUGGAAAACCCUUACAUGUGCAACAACGAGUGUGACGCCUCCACAGAUGAACUAGCCCACCCUCCGGAGCUCAUGUUCGACUUCGAAGGACGCAACCCCACAACCUUCUGGCAAUCCAGUUCAUGGAAUACGUUCCCCAAACCCCUGGAGGUCAACAUCACGCUGUCCUGGAACAAAACUAUCGAGCUGACGGACGACAUCAUCCUCACCUUCGAGUCCGGCCGCCCUGAGCAGAUGCUUCUGGAGAAAUCGUUAGACUACGGUAAAACCUGGACCCCUUACCAGUUCUACGCUACCGACUGCCUCGAUGCCUUCACCAUGGAGCCCAAGACGGUCAACGAGCUGACCCAGCGAACCCUCCUCGACAUCAUCUGCACCGAGGACUACUCCCGAGGCUACGUGUGGAAGUAUGAUAAAACCGUCCGUUUCGAGAUCAAGGAUCGGUUCGCGCUGUUCGCCGGACCGCGGCUGCACAACAUGGCGUCGCUGUACGGUCAACUGGACACCACCAGGAACCUACGGGACUUCUUCACGGUGACGGACCUGAGGAUACGGCUGCUGAAACCGGCCACCGGGGCCACCAUGGUGGAUGAGAACAACCUGUCCAGAUACUUCUACGCCAUCUCUGAUAUCAAGGUGCAGGGCAGAUGUAAGUGUAACCUGCACUCCAACAGCUGUGUGUUUGACAAGGACAAGGGGAAGCUGGGGUGUGAGUGUGAACACAACACAACAGGACCAGACUGCGGCCGCUGUAAGAGACACUACCACGGACGACCCUGGAGCGUCGGAUCCUACCUGCCCAUCCCCAGAGGAACUGCUAACAUCUGUAUCCAUAGAAGUCAUGGACCAGUGCAUCGAGCUAAUGCUUCAUCUCUAGGUGUUGCAAACCGUAAUCAAGCUCAUGUGUGUGACAACGCCAUGCUUCUCUGUCAGAACGGAGGAACGUGCCACCACCAUCAGCGGUGCCACUGUGCUCCGGGUUUCAAAGGCGUCCUGUGUGAGAGGACACGAUGCCAGGUCCUCGGGCCCUGCGAGGAGUACCCCACUGAUGGGCAGCCAUCCCUCCACCACCCUCUCCUCAUGUUCCCUCCAGGUCUGCUCCUCUCCCUACUGCUCCCCCUAGUGGUGAUAUGGUUCUGCUAAGAAUUGUUGUAUUCAUUACAACUGGCAAUUGGAACUGAAGAGGUCCACUUGGCCAUUUGUCAGCCAUGUUGUCAUUUUGAUGGACUGCAGGGCAGGACCUAAUGCAAGUACAUUCUGGGACAGCAGAAAGACAGCUCAGAUCAGAUCUACAGAAAAUGGAAAUGAAUUCAGCCCUGAAGGACAUGGGAUCAAGCAGGGACACUAAACGAGAUAUUACGUGCCCUGGUCCGUGGUAUCAAUAAGGAACCUAUAUUUAAUGUCAAAAGUGCAAUAGGAUGAUGGCUGAUAAACUGAAUGGAUAACGAAGACAUGAUAGUGAUACUUUUGGUCAGAGCGAGACACAGACAGACAGACAGACAGACAGACAGACAGACAGACAGACAGACAGACAGACAGACAGACAGAAGUCAACUUAAGGAGCUUAGACACGGGCUGCGGUAAAUGGCAAUUGAACAAUGAGAAAAUCCGCAUACCGUCUGUAGAGACCAGCGAUCCCGGUUGUUGUCGGCUCGAAUAUUGUCAUUAAAACAUUGUUUGAUUGGUUGACAAGAUGAACGACGCUCAUCGGUCAACAAUGUGCACCGACCGCUCAAGACUUCAGCUAAUCUUUUUGGCGCCUUGAGCUCCAAGCCAGCGGAGCUGCUCACGGAGAAAGCACCACGAACCGAGUCGCUUACAAAUAAAACACUCUUAUUUUU